UUGGAAUAUUUACAGUAGAUGGUAGGAUCUAAUAAAAGGGCCACACGGAUUCUCUUAGGAGGACCUAAUUUUUUUUCCCCACGCGACCACUGUGUUGUGCCCUCACACUUGGGGUUGUGUAUGUAUAUGCAUACAUUUGUACGUGUAAGUAGGAAAAUUUUCUCCUCGCUCAUCACUGUCACCACUGUUCAGCUUGUGAAGUCGUAAAUCUUUUGAAAAAAUAAAAGACUUAAAUAGCUCUCUUCUCCAGCAGUUAAGGUCCGAGCUUGCAGGCACUUCCCAUGGCAGUAGCCUCCAUAACAAGACUAGCGUUCUUGCUCCUCCUAAUCUUCCUCUCAAGAACUACAUGGGCUCUAAACACUUCUUCUUCAGCUUCCUUAGAUUCCCAUUUAAGAUCAUUCUGCCACUCUGCCCCAUACCCAGAAGUCUGUUUUGACUCGCUCAAGCUCUCCAUCACCAUCUCCUUCAACCCAAACAUCCUCACCUAUCUCCUUCAGUCCCUCCACGUCGCAUUGUCCGAAGCCGGAAAGCUCGCCGACGUACUCGCCAAGGCCGGACAACGCUCAAACAUCAUAGAAAAACAAGAAGGAGCCCUCCAAGACUGCAACGAACUCCACCAAAUCACUCUCUCUUCCUUGCAAAAAUCUGCGUCUUGGGUCCGUUCCUCCCCCAACGCCGAGUCCCGAAAACUAGCCGACGCAAGAGCCUUCCUCAGCGCCGCCCUCACCAACAAGAACACUUGCCUGGAAGGCCUGGACUCGGCUUCUGGCACAUUCAACCCAACGCUUCUGAAUUCAGUGAUUAGUACUUACAGGCAUGUUAGCAAUUGUCUUUCCAUUCUCUCAAGGUUGAGCACGCCCGAACGCCGUCCCAACCGCCGCCUUUUAGGCGUUCCCAAAUGGGUGUUGAGGAAACACGGCCGCGUUCUGCAUAUCUCUAGCCUUGAACAAUAUGACGCGAGCUCGGUGCUGUUGGUGGCCAAGGACGGGACUGGUAACUUCACGAAGAUCACCGAUGCCAUCAAUUUUGCUCCUAAUAACAGUGUUCACAGAGUCAUUGUCUACAUUAAGCAAGGGGUGUACGAUGAAAAUGUAGAAAUCCCAAGUUAUAAGCCCAACAUUGUUCUGCUGGGAGACGGAACCAAUUUAACUUUGAUUACCAGUAACAGAAGCGUGGUCGAUGGUUGGACCACCUUCAGAUCCGCCACUGUUGCGGUGUCAGGGGACGGCUUUCUGGCGCGGGACAUAAGCUUCGAGAACAGAGCAGGAGCAGAGAAGCACCAAGCGGUGGCUCUCCGAGUGAACGCGGAUUUAGCAGCGGUGUACCGGUGCGCCAUUAACGGGUACCAAGAUACGCUGUACGUCCACUCUUUCCGGCAAUUCUAUCGCGAAUGCGACAUCUACGGGACAGUGGACUUCAUCUUCGGGAACGCUGCGGUAGUGUUUCAGGCAUGCAACCUGGUUGUGAAAAUGCCGCUCAGAGGCCAGUAUGCGGUGGUGACGGCACAAUCCCGGGACUCGGAAUACGAGGACACCGGCAUUUCCGUGCAGAACUGUUCGGUCGUCGCGGCGAGCGAGUUGUACAACGUGAAGGCAACGAACCGCGUGAGGAGCUAUCUUGGGAGGCCGUGGAGGGAGUACUCGAGGACGGUGUUCAUGGAGUCGUACAUCGACGAGCUCAUCGACCCGACCGGUUGGGUGGAGUGGCCGGGAGUUGAUGAGGGCAGGUUGGAGACACUGUACUAUGGAGAGUACGAAAACGAUGGACCGGGUUCGGGGACGGAGAACCGGGUUCGUUGGUCGGGUUAUCAUGUCAUGGAUUACGACGACGCGUCUAAUUUUUCGGUGUCCAACUUCAUCGCCGGGGACGAUUGGCUGGAGUCGACGUUGUUUCCUUUUGAUGAUUAACAAGUUUUGUUUUUUCUUUUGUUGUUUCACUUAAAUGAUGCACAUCUUGCCAAGCAAAAUUUGGCGGCCCAAA